GACAAAUAAAAAAAGUAAUGUAAUAAUAAGGGUUAGGUAGGCAAUUUAUUAUUGUUUUCAGAAACUGAACUUGUGUGAAAGUAAUACUAAUUAAUAUUUCCAGCUAAUAAAUCAAAAUGUCUAAAAUAUUUACACCUACUAAUCAAAUACGAUUAACAAAUGUUGCAAUAGUCAGGCUGAAAAAAGGUGGAAAGAGGUUUGAAAUAGCUUGUUACAGAAACAAAGUCGUAUCGUGGAGAAACAAAUUGGAAACAGAUAUUGAUGAAGUCUUACAAACACAUACAGUCUUCACAAAUGUGUCUAAAGGGCAAGUAGCCAAGAAGGACGACUUAAUAAAAGUGUUUGGUAAAGAUGAUAUGACAGAAAUAUGUAAGGAAAUAUUGGAGAAAGGAGAACUACAGGUUUCUGAUAAAGAACGCCAUUCCCAAAUAGAUUCCUUAUUCAAAGAUAUUGCAACAACUGUUGCAGAAAAGUGUGUUAAUCCAGAAACAAAGAGACCCUACCCAGUCUCUAUCAUAGAAAAAGCUAUGAAGGACAUUCAUUACUCUGUAAAUGUGAACAGGGGUGCUAAACAACAAGCACUAGAUGUUAUUCAGCUACUGAAGAAGGAGAUUCCUCUGGAGAGAGCCCAGAUGAGAGUAAGAAUACUACUGAGUGGCAAAGAUGCUAAAAAGACAAGGGAAAAGGCUGUUAAACUUGCCACAAGUGUAGAGGAGGAGAACUGGGACUCUGGCACAGCAAAUAUUAUAUGCCUAAUAGACCCAGGCAGCUUCAGAACUCUUGAUGAGAUGAUUAGAGCUGAGACCAGUGGAAGGGGCCAAUUUGAAUUACUCAACCUGAAGGAAAUGGUAGAAGGAGAACAGGCUCUUUAAUAAAGUAUAUAAACUGUUGUACUA